AUGUCAUUCUGCAGAGCUGUUCACUCUCCGGUGACAUCAUCCGCCACCAUGCUCAGAUACGUGAGCAAGCCGUCUAGCCAGAGUCUUCGGACUUUCUCGUCGUGUGGGCGCCUAUACACCUCGUCAAAGCGUGAUAUGCAAACCGCUUCAGCCUACCGUCCUCACUCGCUACCGACUUCCUUCCCCUUCCCCCGAAACGCUGGCGUUCCCGACACUUCCAUCUCAGCCGACUACCCUCCCAACCUCGAGAACAUGACACAACAGAAGCAGCAAUCAGUCAUGUCGCCUAAUGUGAGCCUGAGAGAGAAAGAGGCACAGCAACCCAAGCCUGUAGAGUCAUCCGCCAAGAAGCCCGCCGAGAAGCCGAGAAGAAAGUUGCGCCCUCGCAAGGCCGCCAUGAAAGUCACGCCUAUAGCAAUUGAACAACUACGUAAAUUAGUUGCUCAACCGGACCCCAAAUUCAUUCGUGUCGGCGUGAAGAACAAGGGCUGCUCUGGUCUCGCAUACCACCUCGAAUAUGUAGAGAAGCCCGGUACCUUUGACGAGGUUGUGGAACAAGAUGGUAUCAAGGUCCUGAUUGACAGCAAGGCGCUGUUCAGUAUCAUCGGGAGUGAAAUGGAUUGGCAACAGGACAAGCUGAGCCAGAGAUUCGUUUUCCGCAACCCCAACAUCAGUAACUCUCAGACAACCAUGUCCUUCCCCUAUUUCAUCCCAAAAGACAAUGACACCUUAACCCCCGAAUCCGAAUCCGAACCCGAACGCAAUACAAACGCAAACCUCCUCCUUACGAUCCGCUUCUCUGCUUCAAUAUCAGACCUCUACCUCGACAUCCCAACCCCCGAAACCACCACAGCCGCAGGCCUCAAGCAAUCAAUCCGCACACAUCUACCCUCCGAUCUCUCGACGCAUCGCCUCCGUCUUAUCUAUGCCGGACGCGGUCUCGAAGAUGCCACCGCGCUGGCGAUAUCAUUGAGAUUACCGUCGCCGCCGCCCCCGAAGGCCAACAAAUAUGAAAGCGCAAAGAAGGAUAAGGGCAAGGAGCCAGUCCGCGAACAGCCGCGGGUUUAUAUACACUGCUCGAUCGGAGAUAUCAUCCUCUCGGAAUCAGAUCUAGCAGAAGAAGCGGCUGCCGCAUCGACGCUUCUACGGAAGAGACAAGAUGGUUCCGGUGAUGAGUAUGAAGCGAAGCAACAAGAAGAGAAACAAAAACGGCAAGUUUCAACAACAACGCCCGCACCACGCGGUUUCGACCGUCUGCUCACUGCAGGCUUCACCGCCGCGGAGGUGACAGCCCUCCGCUCGCAGUUCAUGGCUGUUCAAUCUGUCUCCCGUACGCCGGAUACGAUGCCUAGUAGUGCGGAGCUGCGCGAGCUCGAAGACCGAUGGCUAGAUGAAGGGACGACGACUGGAUCCGGCACUAUGGGGACUGGGGUCGGCGGUGGUGGUGCUGGGGGUGAUGGGGAUGAUGAUGGGAGCUUCGGGACUGGUUCACGAGGGGCUAUUGAUGAUAUGCUUUGGGGUACGGUGAUGGGGUUCUUUUGGCCUAUGGGGUGUGCGAUGUGGUUGAGGAGGGAGGAGGGGGUUUGGAGUUGGAGGAAGGGGUUGGCGGUGUUUGUGGGGGUGGUUGUUAAUGCUGCGUUUGGGGCUAUGAGGAUUAUGAAUUAG